AUGGCGGCGUCCGUGUGCAGGGUGACAGGGUUAUUUUGUAAGAUCAGAGGCAUUAUUCAAACAAAAAGAAACCUUUCUUCUUCACAAACACUGGUCCAGAAGAUUCCAGAUUCCUUGUGGAAAUUAGGACGGCUCAAUCAUGUUGCCAUUGCUGUUCCUGACUUAGAAAAAGCCAAGUCUGUGUAUCAGAAUGUCUUAGGGGCCCAUGUGAGCGAGACUGUCCCUCUUCCUGAACAUGGGGUGUACACCGUGUUUGUAGAACUUGGAAACACAAAGCUGGAACUUCUCCAUCCCCUGGGACAGAACAGCCCGAUCUCUGGUUUCCUGCAGAAGAACAAGGCUGGUGGAAUGCAUCAUAUAUGUAUUGAGGUGGAUGAUAUCAAAGAAGCAAUGUCUGAUCUCAAAAAGAAAAACAUUAGACUUCUAAGUGAAGAGCCUAAAAUAGGUGCCCAUGGCAAGCCAGUUGUCUUCCUGCACCCAAAAGACUGUGAUGGUGUCCUCCUAGAGCUUGAACAAGCCUAG